UUCAGUUGUCUAUGACAGCUACAAGCUUCAGACGCGUCAUUUGCGUCGAAUUUUAUUAGUUUUUUAAUUAAAAAGUGAAGAAAAUUGUGAUAAGUGUGAUUUUAUACAAAUCUUCGUGAUAAUAUUAGUGUUAAGAUUUGUUAUGUUAUCGUUGUUCGUCGGAAUAAAUAACGAGCUUACCCUGCCUGCAGUGAGUGCCAAGAGCCCCCGAGUCCCAGCCAUUAGAUUGAGUGGAGUGUCCCCUGCCCACACGUAGCCCCAUACGCAGUCAAAAUUCCGCGAGACUCAACGGACUCCUCCUCCAGCAUGGAUCUGGAGAAAGCCCCCGCUCUCCAUGAAGAGGACUCAAAAGUCACCCUCACAAUCAGACUGAUUAUGCAGGGGAAGGAAGUUGGCAGUAUUAUUGGCAAAAAAGGAGAGAUUGUUAAAAGAUUUAGAGAAGAGUCUGGAGCAAAAAUCAACAUAUCAGAUGGCUCAUGUCCAGAGCGUAUUGUCACUGUCACUGGCAACACGACCGCUAUAUUCAAAGCCUUCACACUCAUCUGCAAGAAAUUUGAAGAGUGGUGCUCACAGUUCAAUGAAAGUGGCGGCGGCGGGUCCCGAGCACCCAUCACACUGCGGCUCAUCGUGCCGGCAUCGCAAUGCGGUUCACUCAUCGGCAAAGGCGGCUCCAAGAUCAAAGAGAUCAGAGACGUCACCGGAGCCAAUAUACAGGUAGCGAGUGAAAUGUUGCCGAACUCAACUGAACGAGCUGUUACAAUCAGCGGGACAUGCGACGCCAUUACACAGUGCAUUUACCACAUCUGCUGCGUUAUGCUAGAAAGUCCACCAAAGGGAGCGACGAUCCCAUACAGACCUAAACCAAAUGUGGCAGGACCAGUCAUUCUCGCUGGUGGUCAGGCAUACACCAUUCAAGGAAACUACGCUGUUCCGGCACAAGAUGCGGUGUGCGCGCCCGUGUUCCCCGUGCUGGAGAUGAAGCCGCCCCUGGUGGGUGCGCUGCCGCCCGCGCACCUGUUGCCGCCGCUGCACGAACACCACCUUAUGGGUGGGUUAGCUAAGUCGCCGUUAGCGGGAUUAGCCGCGCUCGGCCUAGGAGGCCUUGGACCUGCAAGUACCGGCGGUCUUAAUCCAGCAGUGUGCGCUCUCCCAGCGUUGGCGGCCUUGGCUGGCUCGCAGCUUCGCACGUCCAACCAGACGCGCAACCAGCCCGCCGCUAACCAGCAGUCGCACGAGAUGACCGUACCCAACGAGCUCAUUGGCUGCAUUAUCGGCAAGGGCGGCACUAAAAUCGCGGAGAUCCGUCAGAUAUCGGGUGCAAUGAUCCGGAUAUCAAAUUGUGAGGAGCGCGAAGGCGGCAGCACUGACCGUACGAUCACCAUCACUGGCAACCCUGACUCCGUGGCCCUGGCUCAAUAUCUCAUCAACAUGAGUGUGGAGCUUCAGAAGGCGAAUCUGGAGGGUAACGCGUCUGGUGCGGGCGGAAGCAGCAGUAGUCCGCUGGCAUCUGCCAUCCCCAUUGCGCAACUGCUCAGCAAGAGUGGCGCGCUAGGUGCUCUCAGCUCCCUGUCCGCACUGGGGGGUCUGACCGACCUGCUGGCAGGUGCCGCUAGCCCGCCCGUACAGACCACCGGCGUGCACCGCUCGCACAAGUUCUCCACGCGCCGCAACGACGACGACCCGCCUUCCAAGAGCUCCAAGGAGCGCAACAAAUACAAUCCCUACUAAACACCAAUGACCCGCUCCACCGGUCCCCGCUCCACACAUCCAAAGAAUAGCGAAGUCGUUCUAGAAAAGUGUCAGGCGAAUUUGGUUCUUAUUUGGUCAUCUGAUGUCUUUCGCGUAGGACUUUGCGCCCCUUCAUUCGACCGAAUGUACUCCUGGUAUAAGAAUUGUAUGUUCCUAAUCGAAUGUCGGUUUCCACUGUCGCAUUCUGUAACGUCAGAGUAAAAUGGAAUUUAUUCUCCCCGUUUUAAAGUCUAAAUUAUUAACUCGCUCUUGUAAAAUAAAAAACACAGGAUUACAGAAUUUUUGCUACUUUAAAAACCUUUGGUCUAUAUUGUUUAGAUGCUACAGAAUUUUGAUGCCCGAAAACACGAUUAUUAGCGUUCAAAUCUUAUACUAAGCGUACUGAUUCCAAUUGUACAGUAAUUCGACAAUAAUAUUUUAUAUUAUGCCCGAUCUCUAUCGAAUUAAAUGUCCAAUGGUUUUUUUGCGAUGUUGUUAAACAAUACAAUAUAAUAUUUCUUACAAAUGUAGUUAAAUCGAUCUCAAAAUAAUUAAAAGAUUGUAAUAUUAAUUAAGUUUCAUAAAUAAUAUUUCUUGACUCUAAUUAAAAACGAUUUCUCCAUUUAAAGACAACGUCGCAAUUUUAAGAAUUUGAAUACAUAUAGGAUAAAGAAACCGGGCGCAAUUGUUAGUCUUGAUUCAUUUGUAAUUUUAAGAACAACGAGCGUUUAUUUGUGACUAUCUUAAAAAAAAAACAAUCAAAAUAUUAGUUUUUUUAAUUUAGACAUUUAUGAUUUAAUACGGAAUUUACAGUGUCUCUACAUGUAACUGUCUAGAAAUGCAUAUUUCGGAUAUUCAUUUGACAACGCAGUAACAUUGAAUGCAUGUAAAGCACUUUAAAUAUCGCAUUUGAAAUUUUAAAGACUGUUUACAUCUACUGAGUUACACACUAGUUGGAAAGUAAUAAAAAAAGCUGGCAACUGGCAAAACAUUGAUGAAUUUCUUUCUAUGAACAGAUUAUAAUCUUAUCUCUUUAAAUAACUUAGAGCUGUAUGCAAACAAAUGCAACAAAAUGACCGUGAAAGUUGCAUUGAUACGAUACAAAAACAACAAAAACAUGAAUGUAUUGUAAAGGCAUUGCCAUGUUAAUGGCAAUCUUACUAUACCUGACCCAGUCCAGGAUUUGAACUGAAAUAUAUUACUUUCCAACCCGUUUUUCUUAGUAAGUGUUCGAUAUAUUAUUUAUUACUUAUAAGUCAUGAUUUAUAUCACUAUAAACAUAAAUGUAAUUUAAUUUUUUAUAGUAUCUCCUUACUUCUCUAACGUCUCAAUUUCCUCUAGGAAUAGGCAUUAUUAGUGACUAUUUAAAUCUUUUUAUUUUAUCAUUUGUUUGACAAAGAAACACAAUCGCAUGGAAAUCAGCAUGUAAUUAAAAUUUGUUGAAAUAUAUUUUAUAUAUUUGGUGUCAAACAGAAAGCAAUAGUCAUGUAACGAUAUCUAGGAAAGUGACAAUAGUAGACAUUACGUAGAAGCUUAAAGGCUGUAGAGUAUACAGAGUGCUUCGCGUUUUAAUGAUUGUAUAGAAGGCUAUUUGUAAUUGAAAUACAGGGUGUCUAGCGAAGAAGUCAAGCCAUACUUCAAUGUACAGGGCAACUUUUAACUUGAGCAUGAUGAAAAUACUUUCGACUGUUUGAAACAAGAAAUAGUUUUUUCGCAUUUACACCUGAUCCUAAUUGUUCAGGAAACUUGAAUUCUACCAUUCACAAUAACUAAUUUGAUGUUGAGAAUAUACUAUAUACUGAGAAGCAACACAAAAAAAUCACAAUAUCUGCUCAAAACCUCUCCUUCUGUGAAUGUAUUUAAUUAAAGUAUUCACUUUUAGUUUUAAAUUAAACAUAUUCAUCCACAAAAUCGUGAGAGGAUUGUUAGUAUUUUAAUUAAUAGAAUAAUUUUAUUGUUGAGUCGGAAAUGUUAAAAGAAAGAAGGCAAAGCCUUUUAGGAUUAGGCUAAACGAUUGUGUGACUAUCACUUUUAACGAUCUUCUUGGCGCAGUGGCGAGCGCUGUGGUUUUAAGUUGGAGGUAAUUUGGGAAUUUAUAAUUUCUUAAUUUUCUCUGGUCUGGUCUGGUGGCAGGCUUCGACCGUGGCUAGUUACCACCCUAACGAUAAAGUCGUGCCUCUUUGCGAUUUAGCGAUAAAAAUAAAAAUAAAUAAAUAUACUACGACAGUACACACAUCGCCAUCUAGCCCCAAAGUAAGCGAUGACACGUAGAAACCGUUUAGGGCUUAUGGGUUUAAUAAAACUGGCAUAGGUACUCCCUAACAGGUUAGCCUGCGCCCAUCUUAGACUGCAUCGUCACUUACCACCCGGUAAGAUUACAGUCAAUGGUUUACCUGUAAUGGAAUGAAAAAUAAAUAAAAGGGGGCCAACCAAAUUAAAUUUUAAAUUCAUUUAUUACAAUUUUACUAACAGGUAUACAUGAAAAAUUACCGACAACCGCAUAUGCCCUGUACUAUUUGAACAAAAGUUAACUGAAGUAUAGUUUGAUGGCGAUAGAUGAGUUUUUACUCUGUGUAUUUUUUUAAAUAACUUAGAACGUGUUUGAUAUAAGAUUAAACAAUGCCAAGAUGAUAGUACGAACUGUUGGUAAACAGUAUAGGUCGUUGAACGGUUUAGUUAUAUUUACACGUUUUAAACAAAAUAAAAUCUCAAUUCAAAUUCGAUAUUUGUUUUAAUAUAAUUAGAACUUCUCUUUUCACUAUAUUUAUAUUGAAAUAUUUGUCAUCAGUUAGUUUAAGGGUAGAUGUAGGACGGGAUGUUUUGUAUUUUAUAAUGGAAACAGGCUAGCGCAGAUUAAGACGUGUGUAUAGGAUAGAAACCGGUCGUUACUUUACGGAAUUACUUGAUAUACAAUAAAAAUUAAGCUUAAUGUGCUAGACCUAGCGAAAAGUUGGAGAAUCUGUACGUUGUAAUUUAUAAUUUCUUCAAUCUUUAUAUUCCACACCAAACAGAUCCUUGGAAAUGUACUCUUUACGCACGUUUCGCUCCAACGCCGGAGCGUCCUUAGGAGAUGUUGACUUAACAAUUACUAAUUUCACAUUAAGAAUUGUCUUUCUGCAAUUCAAACAUUCCUAUGAUGUUCUGCUAGCUUUCAUCCGUAGAAAGGCGAAGGAUUCAUAUUGUCUUAAUCGGUAAGAUUAAGACAAUGUGAAAGCUGAACGCGCUGCUUACGUUGACUAGUAAUAAAUAAAAUUAAUAGAAUUUCUCUUAUCACCUACCAACAGCACUCAUUUAAUUCAAGCACACAAUAUGUUGUAGUUCUCUCGCUUAGAUUGUUUCACGUGCCAUGGGCUAAAUUAAAUGAAAUUAUGUUAAACCCAACCUGGCAGACAAAAAAAGCUAACAUGAACUCAACAAAAAAAACAGAAAAAUACUGUGAUGGUAUUUUUAGUUCAUUUAAAUAAAUAUAACGAAUUUCUCAGCACUGUCUAGUUUCUGAGUCUAAUCGGAGUGAAGUCGAUAUGAUGUGCUCAGACCAUUUUGGCAAAAAGUACUCUAUGGUUUCUGUGAAGUAAAACUAGUAGAUUCCAAGAAGCCAAGUUAAACAUAACAUAACAGUCGCAAUUUUAAAUAGCAGUUCCAGUAUUUACACGUCUCAAUUUGCGCUCAGCCUUAACUAUUUUAGUUAUCGCAGAAAAAAUAGUCAAGGUACGUUUUCUUAGCGCAUGCAGACAAAAAAUGUCGCAGCUAGAUAUGAGCUGUAAAUUCAUGUUUCAAGUAUUUUCUAUGCAAGGUUUAAUUCAAUACUGUUAAUUAAAUUUAACCUUGACUAUAAAAUACUUUGUCUUGUAUGUUUGAAAAUAAAUUUAACACACGAUGUAUAAGUAAGUAAAUCUAGGAAAUAUAUUAAUAUCUUACCUUACUAUUUAAAAGAGCAUAACACCAAAACACAACUUUCCAGUAUACCUAGCAAUAAAAACAAAAAUAAAGAUACAAUUUAGUACCUGCUAAAGUACUAUUUUACGCAUACAACUAUAAAAAACAUAAAAAUAAAAACAAUGAUAAAAAAUUGAAUCUUACAAAUAAGAGCAGCCCAAAUUUCACCCGUGGUUAGCGAAUUCUGGGCUGUAUACAUUUUUUUUUACAAAUACGAAUUUAAACAAUUAUUAGAGUGUACCUAACGAGACGACGAAAACUUAAAUUAUAAAUAUUAUAUGCAUUUAAAUGAAAUUUUGCCAAAAUGCUUUACUUUCUUUCAACUGACUAAACCGUUAUUUGAUAUUAGCAAUUGCACCUAAAUAACCUACAAAAAAUGACUAAUGUUUUAAAAAUGCAAUUUGGCGUGUCGCGACACUGAAACGUACCUUUCACUAUAAUAGGCGAUGAAAAUAAUAUGUUAAACCUUUAUACUAUAUCGUUAGUUAGGGCGAACUUAAAUCGAGGUCCAAUUCGAAUGUUUUAAAAGUUAGAUAUACUUCCAAGUGGAAUGCGGUUUAUUUGCCUGUCAAUAUAUUUUUAUUUAUAAUUAAAAUCAUGUUAACUUAAGAUAAUAGAAAUUUUCUUUUCAGGAAUCGUAUUAUUCGCUAGUAUUGUUAAGAAAAAAGUGUUAAGAACAUACUUAAUAAAAUCAUAAAGUAA